CGGGCGGUGACGCAGAGGCGUCGGCGAGUGUCAGGUGUCUUAAGGUUUCACAAAAAGAGCGACUCAACGGAAGUUCGCACAGGUAUUGAGAUAGCUGCCAGAGAUGGAGAGUGGUCCAUUCAAUCGUCGGUCCUGGGCGGCGCAGUCCUUACGGGUCACUGCAAAGGAGCUGUCACUCAGUGGACGAGGCAGAAACAAUGCCCUUGCUGAACGCUUCUCCAAGUACCAGAGAGCUGCUGAAGAGGCAAAUUCAGAGAAGAAAAAAGGAUCCUCUGAGAGUGUGUCAGCCUCCCUGCGCUCUGGCAACCUGAGUGCUCUAAAGAAGCGCUGGGAGCAACAGGACAAGCCUUCCUCCGUCCCACCGGCCAGCCAGUCCAGCUCUCGCUGCAGGCCUCCAUCUCUGUCCAGGUCUACUUCUAUCACCGAGCCCUGUCCUCCACUAAAGAGCCCCGGCCUGCCCACCUCUCAGGGAAGUCAACUUACAGUCAACUGUGUCACGCAGCCAGCAACAGCUCCAGACGCAUCCAAAGGUGAGGAGCAGAGAGCGAGACCUGAAAUGCUUGAAGAGCAAGUUCCAACCAGCCCCUGUGCCUCUUAUGAAAAACCCCGAGUGCCCCUGAACAACCUGAAGAUGAAGUUUGAGAGGGGAGAGGACACCAUGAGCAAGGGUGGCAGGACAACCCGUCACAGUACUUCAUCAGAGGACAUGGACCAACAUGGAGGUUCGUCCGUGCCUGACAGAGUGCUGGAGUCCACAUCCAUGAGGGAGAAGAUGGCCAAGUACCAGGCAGCUGUUUUGAAACAAGGCACCACUCGCUCUGGUCUAGUUCCAGAGGUGUCUGCUGCAAAAACAUCUGCACCAUUAAAUCAGAAACACAGUCCUGCACCUGAGUGCAAUGGGGAGAGCAGCGAGCAACCCAAAGCAUCAAAGAAGUUCAGCCCACCGGUGAGGGAGACGUGCAUCGCUUGUCUGAAGACGGUGUACCCGCUGGAGAGGCUGGUUGCUCUUCAGCAUGUCUACCACAAAAGUUGCUUCCGCUGUGUUCACUGCAGCACAAAGCUCAGUCUUGGGAACUACGCCUCUCUGCAUGGUAACGUCUACUGCAAGCCCCAUUUCAGCCAGCUGUUUAAAGCCAAAGGAAACUACGACGAGGGCUUCGGCCACCGUCCUCACAAAGAGCUCUGGGAGCCCCGAGCUGAUGGAGAAGAAGGCGAGGAGCCGGUGACGCCAAAGGAAAAAGAGGGACCAGCAGUGCUGACGCAUCCAGCUGAGAGCAUCUCAGACAAAGAGGAGAGCCCAGCUGUGGAAACAUCCUCGCAGGUUAAAGUUACAGACCUCACCGCCUUACUGGAGACACGUGUGCAGACAAAAGCCAGGUCUGAUGAGAAGUCUGCAGAGAAACCAGCAGAGAAACGCAGGCUGAGGGUCGCCUGGCCUCCCCCGGCUGGCGAGCGCCACUCUGGGACAGAAGCACUCAGUCCAGUCACAGAGGGAGUUUCCUCUGGCCGACCCUGGAGAGCCAAGUGGCCCCCAGAGGACGAGGCGCCAGCAUCCUUCCAGAGCUCAGACCGGGCCGAACUGAAGAGCCUGAGGAGGAGCUCUUCUUUAAAGGAGCGCAGUCGGCCUUUUACGAUCGCAGCUAAACCAAACCCAACAACCGCUCUGGGACCCCGGGAGCCUCGUCGCCCGCUCAAAUCCCUCCUGGAAUGGAGAGCAUCAUUCGAGGAAAAACACUCAUCUGAAGAAGCACCCAAGGAAAAUAAGCCAGAGCGUCAGCCGGUGAAACAACAGGAAAAGAAAGAAAUGCUUCAAAUACCAAGCGAAGACGUGAAAGGUGAGGCCGUCUCAGAGGAGGUGGAGACCAAGCCACAGGAAGAAAAAGUCCAACAAGAGCAGAAAGAAAAAGCAGCAGCAGCAGAGAAGAUGGCUGUAGACGAAGGCUCUCAUAGAAGCGUCUCUCCGGAUAUUUCACCGUCCCCCUCUCCACCUUUACAGCCAAAACAGAACCGCGGCUCCCAGGAUGUGGGCUUCUGGGAGGAGGACAAAGAGGGAAGUGAUGCCGAGGAGCUGAGCGCAGAGGAUAUAAUCAAGAGGAACCGCUACUAUGACGAGGAGGACUCUGACUCAUAGAAACAUGUUUCAGUCUUACUAUCACACCCAUCCACCAUAUAACACUUGUUUUCUCAGUUUAUAUGUAGAUCACAAAUGUAGCUUUGCCAGAUUUGAUAGUGGUAUAGCAGAGAUGCAAAAAACAGUGGAAUAGUUGUGUGAGAGUGCAUUUAUAUUGCAACAACUGCCUUUAAUUGUUAAAGUACAAAUAAUUUUUUUUAACUUUUUAAUUAUAUACUGUAAAAGAAUCAAACCGAGCUUUUAUAUGAGUCCUGAUUAAACUGGAAGGUGGGCCUCUGUUAAUUUACAUCAUCUCGAUAAUUAUAUGCACCGUAUUAUUUGCAGGUACCGUGUCCGAAAACUAUUACACUCUACGCUGCACUUGAAGUGCUUUUUAAUGACAGGCAGCGCGUUGAGCAAAGCAGUCAUUAUGUGCAUUUUUGAAUGCAGAAAAUACCAAAAUAUCUUCCACCAAAAAAAGCACACACCAGUACUGCAUUUUUAAGAUUUUUUUGGAGAGUGAAUGUCUUGCAUUAUGUUGUUCGUGUUUUUACAUAUUGCCACAAUUUAAUUGUUAAUUGCUGGAAAAAGAAAAACAAACCAAAUGAGAAUGUUCUCGAUUAAGUUUAAGGAAACCUCCAGCUGCUCCAACAUGUCCAGCUGACUUUUUAUAAUAUCUCCUCUCAUUGGACCAUCAGAGGGUUUAAAAUGACUGGAAAUAUUGAAAUACUAUAGAUAGAUAUAUGUAAUCCAUUGCUUUGCUUUAUAGAGCUUUACCUUCUCCCAGCACGUGAAUAUACAGACAGACAGGCUGGUAAAGCUUAACAUUGUCCUGCAGGGGGCCCUCUGGUUUGGUAAAUCUGCCUGAUCCCAGUCUUUAAUUAUAUUUAACAUAUCAUCUCCCUGGGCCUUCUGGAUGUCUUUUAACAUUUUCAAAAUAUGAUCCACUUUAUAUGGUAUGCAAAACACUUUAUAUUUUAAAAUGUGCCGUGGAAUAUAUGUUUGCACUGCAGAAUAUUUUUUAAUAAUUUGUAUAAUGACACAUUGGACAUUACAGUCUGAACUGUUAUUAAAGAACAAUUAAAGAUUAUGAAUAAGCACA